GGCGCGGCGUCAGGACAAAGAGGCGCGAUCAGAGGAACUGUGAAAUACUGGAUUCAAUAGUUCCAGAUAUGACAUCCAUUUUAAGCUGGGUUUAUAACGCUUUCGGUGAACUACUACAGUUUUUGGGACUGAAGAAUAAAUCAGGCAAGUUAGUAUUUCUUGGUCUGGACAAUGCUGGCAAAACGACGCUACUGCACAUGCUCAAAGAUGACAGAUUGGGUCAGCAUGUGCCAACUUUACAUCCAACUUCAGAAGAGCUGACAAUUGCAGGCAUGACCUUCACCACAUUUGACCUUGGAGGACAUGCACAAGCUCGGAGAGUGUGGAAAAACUACCUCCCUGCCAUUAACGGCAUCGUCUUCCUUGUGGAUUGUGCAGAUGCUGCAAGACUGGUCGAAUCAAAAGCUGAACUUGAUGCAUUAAUGACAGACGAGACUAUCGGAAAUGUGCCUAUACUGAUCCUGGGCAACAAGAUUGACAGAUCAGACGCCAUCAGUGAGGAGAGACUGAGGGAAUUUUUUGGAUUGUAUGGACAGACGACAGGCAAGGGCAACAUUCCUCAGAAGGAGCUGAACACAAGACCACUGGAGGUGUUUAUGUGCAGUGUGUUGAAGAAACAGGGCUACGGCGAGGGCUUCCGCUGGCUCUCCCAGUACAUCGACUAACGAAGCCAAGCGCCACACUGACACAACCACCAUCGGGGGCGCUAAACACGACCACUCAAGCUGCCCAUGUUGAUGCCAUCAUAUUCAGUCCCAUGUUCGGUUAAACAAGCCUGCUUCCACCUUCGAAGAAACCAGUGCAACUUGAUCCCAAUAGACUUUUAUUGGUCCAACAUUUGGUUCAGCACUUACCACAUUCAUGAACUUAUUUCCAUCUCUCGUUCUUUUACUAAGAGAGUAAUAUUGCAGUGGUUUUGAAGCAAAGGUUGUUCAAAUUGAAAUAUAUAAAUAAUUUAUAGCUGUAAACCUGUCAUUCAUAUAUCAACGAUGCCCAAAACCUCUUCCCUUCUUUAACUCAUUGUGACUAUUAGAAUUCUAUACGUUGAAGUAUUUUUUUUUUCUUCCCAGUAAAUACAUGUAGUGAAGGAUUUAAUCACUGCAUUUUGGUUUCUUUUGUCAUGUUUCAAUCAGCAAGCUGUGGUUGCUGCAUACGUGUCACAUUUAUUGUUGUGUCCAGGAAUUAUAUCCAAUUAUUUAAGUUACUAAUAACAAAGUGCUCUUGUUUAACAGCAGGACUUUUCCAUCCUGUGGGCAACUAGCAAUAGAUGGAUCCGUGAAGUGUUUUCUUCAUUUAAAAAAAGUGGAGGGUGGAUAUAAAUUCAGUGGAGAUUUUAAUAGAGAAUAAUUCUGGUUAUAACAGCGGUAAUGUUUUGUGAAAUCAUGGAGAUGCCACGACUAUAUGGAAAAAGAAAUCUAGCCAAAUAAAACUGCAAUCCACUAUUUAAUGAUAACUUGCAGUAAGAAGCCUUUGAGGGUGAGGGGUGUGUACACUAGAUUGCACAUCUAGUUGUAGAUACUGGGGUACAUCCAACAGAUGCUUUCCCCACAGCGAACCACCUUUUACAAGGAGACUGUAGUGACCAAUUGUAGAUAACUGAGGAUACAGUCCCACUGCAGGAACAUGUAGAUAGUCCUGAAACACUUGUUAGAAAGGGACCAUCUAUAUAUAUGAAAUGUGCACCGACACCGUACAUAGGUUUGUAUUUAUAAGUGGUAUCCUUUGAUCUAUGUGCAUUACAGAAACUAUUAUGCAUGCCUUGUUCUUUUAAAAAAAACAUUUAAAUAACCAUUAUUCAGAGAAUACAACAGGAGGGAAGAUGCCAAACCUGCAGGGUUUUUUUUGUUUUUUUUGUUUUGUUUUUUCGAGUCAAUGAAAUUGCGCAUACACUUUUUUUGGGGUCCCUUUGUGUCUAUUUCAUUCCCUCUUUGAAUACGCGAGGAGCUGUUCCAACAAAAGUGGGACAUGCUGUUUGCAUCAUUUAAAAAAAUAAA